UCCAGCCUGAUGGAGACUGUCUCCAUGAUAAAAACAAAUGUAAUGGCAUAUUUUUCUGUCUAUUCAGGUUUAUUACAAGAAAUAUUAGUGUAAAUUAUUACUUAGCUCGGUCCAGCGCCAUUCUAGAACUUCAGACAUGUGUAGCUUUUGCAUAAAUAAUUACGAAGUAUUUUACAAAUGAUCAAAUCACUAAACCGAUGGAUGUCCAAUUUGCAAAGCUGUCGAACUCAAGCUUGUAAUCGUACUUUGUUAACUAAUAAUAUUUUAAACGAAAUGGACUGACGAUGGAAAGUGGAUGUUCAACUUUUAGGAAAAAACUAAUACUUUAUGGAUAUUUAUAGUUUCAUAAUAUGUUUUUCAAACAAUUUUGAAGAAGCUGAAUUUUUAUUAAAAAAUUUCAUUUAGUAGUCAACUAACUAUUUGAUGUAUCUUAAUUAGAACACAUGUAACAAUUCAGAAUGCAAUAUAACAUUAGAAAAAAAAAGUUAUAUGAAAAUUAUGGUUGGCCUGAUAAUUACACAGAUCAUUCAUUCUUAGAAGAACUUCGUAAAAACAUUAAACCUAAUUCUGUAACUAUAGAUGAAGCUAUUAAUUUAGCAGCAAGUAUUUCAACACAACUGAGCAUGGUUAUAUUAUUUGUUAUUAUAUUUAUCUGGUUAAAUAAUGAAUGGAUAACUCCAAAUGUUAUUUUUGUCUCAAGUACAUUUCUAACAGUGGUUGGAUAUGUAAGGUACAUCAUCAAGACUUGCAAAGUAUUUGAGAAAAUAUCAAAGGAUUUACGAACAGUACUCAUAUUUUUGACAUUUGGUUAUAUUUUAUCAUCAGUAUUGAAAACUUUAACUGAAACUAUUAGUACUGAUACAAUUUAUACAAUGACUGUUUUUAUGUUUCUGAUUCAUUUAAUAUUUAGUAAAUAUGAUUCAACCAAUAUAUCCAUUUCAGAAUCAUUAUCCAUAACAUCUUCCAUUUUUGGAUCGCUCAUGUUGACAUCCAGAUUAUCUACCCCUUUACAUGCAUUUUCUUUACUUACUGUAGCAGUUCAAUGUUUUGUAUUACUUCCAUUUUUAUUAUCUAAGCUUAAUUAUAAACUUUUCCUGUCAAUUUCAUUAUUGUUUGGUACUUUAUUUAUGAUGUGGCAAAUAUCACCUAUUUUAUCUUGUGUGUUUAUUACAAUUACGGUUUUUGUACAUUUUAUAUGUCCUUUAUGGUAUAUCAAAUGGCAAAAAUAUAAAGAAAACAUCUAUGGACCAUGGGAUGAAGCAGUGAUUGAUUCUUAAAAAAAGAAAAAAGCUACAAAUUAAUUUAUUAUUCAUUUGAAAUAAAAAUCAAUUAGAGCAUUGAAAAAUAAUUAGUCAUUUGUAAUUUUGUACAAUAAUCAAUUAUUGUAUAAAAUUAUAAAAUCAUAAUGUUAUUGUACAAAGUUACCUUAAAAAAUAAUUAUUGAACAUAAUUAAAAAAUAAUUAAUAAACUUAAAGUUUUAUAAACAUAAAGAUAACAUUUGUAAUCAAUUUUGAGUGCAUAAAGUGCUACGUUUUAUAAAU